ACACGUUGUGUCGUCACUUCCUGCAUUUUCAACAUGGAGUCGUGCGGCUUGAAGCUGAAUUUCUGGGAUAAUGGACCAAAGCCCGGACAGUUUUACUCUUUAACCGGUGCUAACAGCAGUGGACCGGACACGACAUGCGGACCGGUCAGGCACACACUUAACCCAAUGGUAACUGGGACAUCAGUGCUUGGUGUGAAGUUCACAGGCGGUGUUAUCAUCGCUGCUGACAUGUUGGGCUCAUAUGGAUCUCUGGCUCGUUUCAGGAACAUCUCACGUCUCAUGAAGGUGAACAACAACACCAUCUUAGGGGCUUCAGGAGACUAUGCUGACUAUCAGUAUCUCAAGCAGGUCAUCGAACAGAUGGUGAUUGAUGAGGAGCUUCUGGGUGAUGGACACAGCUAUAGUCCAAAGGCAGUCCAUUCCUGGCUGACCAGAGUGAUGUACAACCGUCGCAGUAAGAUGAAUCCUCUCUGGAACACUGUAGUCCUUGGAGGCUUCUACAAUGGAGAGAGUUUCCUAGGUUAUGUGGACAAGCUGGGCGUGGCAUAUGAGGCUCCCACAGUAGCUACUGGUUUUGGAGCAUACCUGGCUCAGCCUCUGAUGAGAGAGGUGGUGGAGAACAAGGUGGAGAUCACCAAACAGGAGGCCCGGGACCUGAUUGAGCGCUGCCUGAAAGUGCUGUACUACAGAGAUGCUCGUUCAUAUAACAGGCAUGAGAUUGCCAUAGUAACUGAAGAGGGCGUGGAGAUCAUUGGUCCUCUGUCAUCUGAAACCAACUGGGACAUUGCUCACAUGGUCAGCGGCUUUGAAUGAAGACAGCAGCUGACUACCUGAUGCAUCAAAAAGCAACUGUUCACUUGCAACUUCUGUUUUGCUUUAGUUUAUAUCUGCUUAUGGUCACUUUUAUAUGAUGGAAAAUAAAUGCUAAAUGAAAACAA